ACUAACAACCCAUGGGCUGUUUCCAGUCUCACACAGUCUAACCCAACACCAUGGCUCUCUAUGAGUCUAAGACCGAGCUCUGGGACCUGGACAUCAAUGUGAUCCAGCCAGAGGGGAAAGGUCCAGAUCCAGCCACAGAUGGAAACAGCGGUACCAAGCCGUUCAGGGAUGUGUUCGAACGUUAUAUCCAGCCCUGUCUGGCAGAGCUGCUGGGUUCAUCUCUGUUUAUCUUUGUGGGGUGUCUGUCUGUGAUCGAGAACACGGAGGGCACCGGGAGGCUGCAGCCGGCCCUGGCACACGGCCUGGCCCUGGGCAUCGUCAUCGCCGUGCUGGGGGAGAUCAGUGGGGGGCACUUCAACCCAGCAGUGUCUGUGUCUGUGUUUCUGAUCGGGGGUCUCAACAUCAUACUGCUGGUCCCCUACAUACUGGCUCAGAUGUGUGGAGGGAUGAUAGGGACAGGAGUAGCCAAGGUGAUUUCACCAUCCAUGAACUAUGCCAAAGUUUCAGGGGCAGCAUUCAACACAGUGCAGGCAGACACCCAGAUAGUACCAGCCACGGUGGCAGAGGUGAUCAUGACUCUGUUCCUGACGAUGGUGGUGUGUAUGGGGGCCGUGAAUGGACGCACCCACAGCCUGUUGGCCCCUCUCUGCAUUGGGCUGACCGUGACAGCAGACAUCCUGGCUGGGGGAGCGGUGUCUGGGGCAUGUAUGAACCCAGCUCAUGCCUUUGGCCCGGCCGUGGUGGCCAACUACUGGAGCUACCACUGGAUCUACUGGGUGGGACCCAUGUCUGGAGCCCUGCUAACCGCCAGCUUCAUACGGUACUGUACAGCUCUGAUCUUCUGGGGCCUGGAUACCUGGCUGUUUACAUCAUUGUUCUGUUUGGUUUUAAACAGACUGGAGCCAAAGCUACUACUUAAAGACUGUGUUUGAGAAAGCAGCCUUAAUCUUUGUCCUUGAAAUGACCAUUAAUACUAAAAUAAUUACCCAACUGGAGCUCCAUAGAUUAGAAUGCUAUUUACUAUUGAAUGGAAGUUGCCUACACUAGCUGCAAGUGUGGGAUUAGAUGCCUUGUCUGCCCAUAAAUUCUUGCAAAUCAGCAAGAGAAUCCACCACCACCAUACCGGGAUAUGUUGUCUUGUGCGAUAAAGCACUGUAUCGUAACAUGGCUGUUAGACAGGGCUGUUUGUCCUCAACUUGGUAAACAUUAACUGUCCCUCUAAAAUCAAUGGCUAGCUAUGUGAUGGAAAGUUACUCUUACAAUGGGUGCUUUUAUACAAUUCUUAAGUCUGGGAGAGUCAUUAACCUAGUUUUAACGAUGUGUGGAUUUAACACCUUUUUGUCUUGAUUUUCCUUUUUAAAGUCUUGUGUUGUCUAAGACAUAUUUUGGGGAAUUAUUUACAUUUAUGUUAAAAAAACUAAAGAAACAAUGUGUGGAAGCAAUAACUUGUCGAGUGAUGUUACAUUCAACAAUUCUGUACUAUUUUGAUGUUGUUUUUUCUAUUUUCUGAUUACUGCUUGGGGAUGAGAAAACCAGAGUUCUCUUGAUGUGAUACAGAUGUAGGUUUCCAGUUCAAGUCCAUAAAAAUGUCAAUUUUCAAAUCCACAUAAAUUCUAACAAUAUUUUAGUGUUACUAUUUCCAUGUCUCUUAGUUUAAAAUAAUCUUACCAAUGUAACUUUAUUCUAUACCGGUAUAUAUAUAUUAUCUAUUGUCCAUAAAUGUAAUGUAUUAUAUUCAAUGCCAUUUGUAUAAACUAAUUUCUGUGCAUUAAAUAUUGCAUUGCAUAUUUCUUUCUGUGAUUGAUCCCUUUUGACCUAGUAGAAGUGACUUCUGGCCCAUAGUCUGUGUUUUAUACCACCACCUUUUGGUUAUGUGGUGAACUACAGCCUUGCAUUGGUCUGACUCUCACUGUACUGUGAUACAACCUUCCAUAUGCGUCAUGCCUUUUCACUGAUUAUCUGCACACAGACAUCCAAAAACUAGCCACAUUAGAUAACAUUGAAUUUGACACUGUAAUUGCUAUCUUGACUGAAAGUCUAGCAGCAUCUGUCAUGAUAUGAGUGUCUCAGCCAUAGAAAUAUAAUUGCUAGAAAGGACAUAGCCCAUCAGACAACCGGUCCUCCCAUUAUGGCCUCAUUGACUUCAACGGGGACCACUCUUCUAGUAAUUAUAUUUCUAUGGCAGACACUCAUUUGAGACAGUAGUAUGUGAACAUUCAAAAAAUGUUGCAGUGAAGGUUCAAGAAAUGAAGUAUAAAUGUGUACAGCAGA